CGCUUACGAAGAUGGUGGAAGUUUCUUCUUCCUUGAAGUGAAACCCCGACCCGAAACCCAAACAUCCUGUACGCCGAGGGCUGGGACUUCACUGCGGCGUUACCAACUUUGUUUCAUAGCCUCCUUUCGGUGCCGGGCCUUCAUCCCAGCCCUAUGUCAUGGACAGUGAAGUCGCCAAGGCGGGCACUUCCAAUGGUUACCCUAUGAAGGCGCAGCUACAAAUCAUCGUGCUAUCAGCAAAACUAAAAGAGAACAAGAAGAACUGGUUUGGUCCCAGUCCUUAUGUGGAAGUGACAGUCGACGGCAAAUCCAAGAAAACAGAGAAGUGCAACAACACCCACAGCCCCAAAUGGAAGCAGCCGCUCACUGUGAUCGUGACUCCUUUCAGCAAGCUGGUGUUUCGUGUGUGGAGCCACCAGACCCUGAAGUCAGACGUGCUGCUGGGCAUGGCCACGCUGGACGUCAGCGACACACUCAAGUCUAAUGAUAUGAAAAUCUCUGAGGUGGUGCAGACCUUACAGCUGUGUGACAGAGACCAGUCAGAUGUGGUGGGAGACCUGUCCGUCUGCUUGGACGGCAUGACCGUCGACCCCGAGAUGUUCGCCUUGGCAGAAGCAGACCAUCACACAAAUGGGAAAUCACAACCUAAUGGGGAUUAUUCUAUCAGGCGGAGUAGAGACAGCUCUCCGGCUGUGGACGGGGUGGAGCACCGGCCUUCUCCUAGCGGCCAGAGAUCAGCGAAAAGCACCGGCUCUCCCUCAGUGUCGUCAGGCAGCUCGCGGCCCCUUCGCCCACCCAGGCCCUCCAGACCUCCUCCUCCAACCCCACGCAGACCCACCUCUUCACCAGCAUCUUCCAGCAACGGCUCUGGACCAGCUGAUGCCAGUGACGCUCAGUCGGGUUCCGACACACCCGUGCACUCGGGAGCCUCGUCGGCCCCAGACGCCAGUCCUUCUGCAGGCUCAGACAGGGAUUCCGCAUCAGCCUCCGGCUCUGCACCCGCAGCGACCAGACAGUCCACCAGCAGCAUCACGCCUGCUGCCACUCCCAGGGUCCCUGCAGUCACAUCUGGACCGCUGCCUCCUGGGUGGGAGCAGAGGGUAGACCAGAACGGCAGGAUGUAUUUUGUGGAUCACGUGGAAAAGAGAACAACGUGGGAACGCCCUGAACCGCUGCCCCCUGGCUGGGAACGCCGUGUCGACCAGAUGGGACGGGUCUACUUUGUUGACCACGUGAAGCGGACCACCACGUGGCAGCGUCCCACGAUGGAGACGGUCCGUAACUAUGAGCAGUGGCAGCACCAGCGCAGCCAGCUGCAGGGAGCCAUGCAGCAGUUCAACCAGAGGUUCAUAUUCGGGGCACAAGAGCAGGUCUCAGCCACUCAGAAUAAGGAGUUUGAUCCUCUCGGGCCUCUUCCACAUGGAUGGGAGAAGAGAACAGACUCUAAUGGCAGAGUUUAUUUUGUACAUCACCCUACACGGUCAACGCAGUGGGAGGACCCACGAACACAGGGGUUGUUGAAUGAGAAACCACUUCCAGAGGGCUGGGAGAUGAGGUUCACUGUAGAUGGUAUUCCCUACUUCGUCGACCACAACAGGAGAACCACUACCUACAUCGAUCCUCGCACUGGAAAAUCAUCACUUGAAAAUGGGCCUCAGAUCACCUAUGUUCGAGACUUCAAAGCCAAAGUACAGUACUUCAGAUUCUGGUGCCAGCAACUGGCGAUGCCUCAACACGUCAAGAUCACCGUUUCCAGAAAAACACUGUUUGAAGACUCCUUCCAGCAGAUCAUGAGCUUCAACGCACAGGAUCUACGAAGGAGACUGUGGAUCAUUUUCCCCGGAGAAGAAGGCCUCGACUAUGGAGGCGUCGCGAGGCAAUGGUUCUUCCUGUUGUCCCAUGAGGUAUUGAACCCCAUGUACUGCCUGUUUGAAUACGCCGGCAAAGAUAACUACUGUCUCCAGAUCAACCCCGCCUCCUACAUCAACCCCGACCACCUUAAGUAUUUUAAGUUCAUCGGACGCUUCAUUGCCAUGGCUCUUUUCCAUGGAAAGUUCAUCGACACGGGUUUCUCACUGCCAUUUUACAAGCACAUCCUAAACAAGCCACUGGCCCUCAAAGACUUGGAGUCGAUUGACCCUGAAUUCUACAACUCCCUCAUGUGGAUCAAGGAUAACAACAUCGAGGAGUGUGAGCUGGAGAUGUUCUUCUCUGUCGACAAAGAAAUCUUGGGGGAAAUCACCACCCACGAGCUGAAACCAGCAGGAGGAGACAUCCAAGUCACUGAGGAGAACAAAGAGGAGUACAUCAGGCUGGUAGCAGAGUGGAGGUUGUCCAGAGGCGUGGAAGAGCAGACACAGGCUUUCUUCGAAGGCUUUAACGAGGUCCUCCCACAACAGUACCUUCAGUACUUUGAUGCUAAAGAGCUGGAGGUGAUGCUGUGCGGUAUGCAGGAGAUCGACCUUUCAGAUUGGCAAAGAAACACCAUCUACAGACACUACGCUCGGAGCAGCAAACAGAUCAUCUGGUUCUGGCAGUUCAUAAAGGAGAUGGACAACGAGAAGAGGAUGAGGCUGCUGCAGUUUGUCACUGGUACCUGUCGCCUGCCUGUAGGCGGCUUCCCUGACCUCAUGGGAAGCAACGGUCCCCAGAAAUUCUGUAUUGAGAAGGUGGGAAAGGAAAACUGGCUUCCCAGAAGUCACACGUGCUUCAACAGACUGGACUUGCCCCCCUACAAGAGUUACGAGCAGCUGAAGGAGAAGCUGAUGUUUGCCAUUGAGGAGACGGAAGGUUUCGGGCAGGAGUGAGAGAAACCGAGAGAAGAUGAAACAGUGGGUGCAGGAGUCUGAAGGAAUAAAACACCACCAGUGUUCAAAUCAGGGAGCCUCUUCAGAAUAGGCGGGUGUUUCAUGUGUUUGUGCUCAUGCAUGCAUGCACCUGUAACGGUACUUUUUAUGGGUGCGGGUACGAGACCGUCGCCCGCAUGUUGUCGCAAAGGAGCCGUCGUCUACCCUGCACACCAUGCUCGCAGCAGGCCUCUCAGUUCCUGAAUGGUACCUGAAAUUUUAGUAUUCUUUUGAAACCAAAAUACAGAAGCUGCUCCUGUUUUUUUUUCUCAGAAUGUGCGGCACAUUAUGCAUGGGAUCCUGUAACCUCACCCUUUAUGACAUCUGAUUAACGGGACUGCGGUAGCUUUUCUUCCCCAUACGUGUGAUUUUCUAAUGGCAAGCAACAGGGUGGCCUUUAGAGUUGGUGUAACCAGAAGGGUCACAGGUUCCAACAGUCAUGUCUUAUCAAGGUGUCUUUGAUUAUCUGAUUCCAUCUUAUUAAGUUGCUCUACAUUAAAGCAUCAGGCAGAAUCAAGAGGGUUAAAACAGGGUUAAGUUUCACCAAAAGUCAACUUUCUCGCGCUAAGAUUGUUUGUUGCAUUAGAAUGAGUUGUGCUUCCUUUCAGCGUCAUCCACAAUUACUGUCAUUUCCCAUCAUGUCCUUAAAUUCCUCACACUUUUGUCUGCAUCUCUCCUCAUGACUAAAAGUUGUUUUUAAAGCAAACAGUAACACAUGACAAUAUAAGAUGAUAGCUUGGACUUAGUGGAUCGACAGUAUGUUAUGAAAAGGAGUGUUCCAAAUUAACGCUUAACUACAGGCAAUCUUGGUGCUUCAAAGACAUUUGGGAGACAUGCUCAAUAUAAGUGAAGAGUGAGAAACUCUAUAGUAUUUGAUCUGUGAACCGCUUAAUGAUUGUGAAAAUGUGUUGUAGCCUCCAAUAUUUAUAGUGGUGGUAAACUUGGGAGACUUCAACAGAAAUUAAAUCAACCCUAGUUUUAUAGGGUUCAGAGUUUGUACGCUGUGAUGCAGGAUGGGACUUACGAGUAUUCUGGGAGAAUCUUCUAAGUUAUUCAUCUCAAUCUUAUAUCAUAUUUUACACCCCCCACCUUUUAAUUCAUUGGGCGGUCUAGAGGAUUUUCCCAGAGAGAAAUCCAUCAUGGAAUGAAGUGAGUAUUUUAAAAUGGUGUUUCAGUACUCAAGGUGUAUUUUUAUCUAAGUGACACAAAAGUGGAAAAAAAUACCAAAAUGCAAGUCAAACCAAAUCAAUUUCUUUUCAGUUUAUGGAAAAUCCAGAAUGGCCUCUGAAAUGUGUAGUUUGCAAUACAUCUUAAAGAAGAUCCGUGUAGCUCCACAUGCACAUGUAGCAUUGUAUGAAGAGUGACAAAGCAAUGGACAUGGUGGUAUGCUUAAUAUUUUAUACCUAUUUUAACUCUGUGCAAACCACAAAUUAAAUGGGGAAAUUAAACUAAUAUAUAUGAAUUGAAUCAGUGGAUCACCUAUGAAAAAUCAAUGUGGAAUCCAGUUGGAGCCGUACACAGAAACACUCUUACAGUAACACUAUAACUGCAAACACUAGCUUGGUUUGGUUUGACUGACAUUACACUACAUCUGAUCAACAGUAAUAGAGUUUAAGAAGAUGAUUAAUCUCAUUUAUUUGGAGUGAAUGAAAGCACCAGGUGGUGUGGUGGCUCAUUUUUUCGAGUGUCCUUGUAUAUUGGCGAAUAACACUGAAAAGACAGGUUUGGUUACUGAGAGAUAUUGGAUUCAGGUGUUGGUCUGAUGAAACACAGCACUUUCUUUUUUUUUUUUUCUUUUAAAUUUCCCUCCACACUGUGGCACAUCCAAUAUUGGUUGUCCCAGUUUAGGCUCUUUGUUUCCACAUGCAUGGUGUGGUGUUCUUGUUUGCCUUAUUAUCCACCCUCAGGUGUCAAGCAUCUUCUUUUUAGCAGCUUGACACCAAGAAAGAUGAUUGAUCAUGUAAGCUUUAUGGCCAAAUUAAUCAUUCUCACCUUCUUGACCCUGCUGUGGAAAAAUAACCAGACCAAGAGGAGUUUGAGAAGUCUUACUGAAGAAAUUGUGCCAGUGUGGAGAAGCUUUAAGUCUUGAGCUGAUGACACCUGGCUAGUCAGAGCUUCAGCAGGAAUAACAACCACUGAGAUGAAGUUAGCAUAGAAACAUUGAGAUUUAACGAAUGUAUCAUGAUGAAAAGUCGAUUGAUAAUGUUGCCUAUUUUACAUCUUUGCCUCAGAUUCUUACCCCUGAUGCAGAGUGUUGUAAUAUUUGAUCACACAUUUUAACUCCCAGGGACAUAGUAGUUAAACAAAUAUGUAGGCCUAAAAUAUCAUAACUCACCACUCUGUUCAUUUUUUUUGUGUUUGGUCCCCAGAAUCCUCCAUGUGCGACUCCUGUAUAUGAAAACAAGUUGUAAAUGGUGUCAAUAACAAAUUUUCUUUUGUAAAAGAAAGGUUUUAAUAAGAGGUUUAUGGUAACACUAUAUUUUCUUUUCCCUGUUUAAUUUCUGAUGUACAUGAAAGAUGUGUAAUAUAGAAAUUGUCACCUUAAUAAAUUAAAU